AUGUCAUAUUCGCUAGUCAUAGACUUCCAGCAGUACUUUAAAAUUUAUCGGGAGAUACAGGCCCAGUUUCCGGGCCGUCUUGUUCCCGAUCCGUACCUUUUUGAUAAGAAUAUUUCCAACUCUGCCAACUUAUCGAACAUAGCACUCCAUUUUCUCGACAUUAAUGCCACUGCCGCCUACGUGUGUGCUCUGAGGCCGCUUGUGGUUGAGGUGGUGUCGCGUAUUGCCAGCAACGACGAGAUCGAAAGGGCGUAUUUGAGACAGCACAACAAAUCUGUGUGUGUUGCAGGGUCCGUGGCCCUGAGCAGUCUGGCCAAGAUCGGCACGAGCUGUCCGGAAACUUUGACAAUAAUCGAGUACUAUUUGCAGAAAAACCAUUUUUUCAGCAUGAUCAACAUCGAAACCAUCGACCAGCACGAACUGCAGUCCAUCUUCCUAUCUUUUUUCAGGCUUCUGACUGCGGAUAGGGAAAAGUUCCACCGGUACGUGGACUCUGCACUUUUACACUCUGCAAUUAAUUCUGAGAAGUUGUCUUCUGUCAACAAGCUGCUUGCAAUCAAGAUCCUCGCCAUCCACCUGUUUCUGUCCGAAAAGGUGGCCGUUGAAAUGAUUCGCAACCAUAUUGGUCCGGGCCCUUUUUUGGGCGUCUAUGAGGGCGUGGACCAGAUCGACUACGAGUUCGUUGCCUUGUACGAGGCACAACGGCUUGCUGAUCUGCUGAAAUACCCGUGUCUACAGCCUGCACGCGCGGAAAAUAAAUAUACCGUCAAAUUUGUGCAGCAAGACUUUUCUGUCGGUGCAACGAUCGUGGCUGACGUGGUGAUUCCCAACAUUGGCGGCUUGGUGCGUGGCAGAACAGAAAAUGUUGCUAGCUCCGAGUUUGUGCCGCUUCCAAAGUCCCUUGCCUCCAUGAACCAGCUGGCGCAAAGCAUACAGAGGUCCGAGCCUGUGCUGUUGGUAGGCCGUUCGGGAACGGGCAAGACAUUUCUGAUCAACGAGGUGGCCAAAAAGCUGCAGCUGGACACAAUGGUCAAGAUCCAUCUGAACCAGCAGACGGACUCGAAGCUGCUUCUGGGAACGUACUCGUCGGGAGCCAAGCCGGGCACUUUUGAAUGGAAAAACGGCGUUUUGACCACAGCCGUCAAGGAAGGCCGUUGGGUGCUUGUGGAGGACAUCGACAAGGCGCCAAACGAGGUCUUGUCGAUUUUGCUCAGCUUGCUGGAAAAAAGAGAGCUUACCAUUCCAUCUCGAGGCGAGGUGAUUAAGGCCGCAAACGGGUUCCAGCUGAUCUCGUCGCUGCGUGUUGCAGGCGAUUUGCGCAAGAUAACUUUGCCCGACAUGAUUGGUUUGCGGCUGUGGAACGUUGUAGAGCUUGAGGAGCUCGACACAAAGGAGCUGCGCACGAUUCUGGACACCAAGUUCCCGCUGCUGGCAAAUUUCACGGCCAUGUUUAUCAAGUGUUUCCAGAGCGUGAAGGAACUAUACGACUCGCGCAAGUUUCUGAGCAUGAACAGGGGCGCGCAGCCCAGAGCUCUCACCAUCCGAGAUCUCAUGAAACUGUGCAGACGUUGCACGCGGAUUCUGGAGGAUCGGCACGUCGACAGCGCCAGUCUGCUUCCGGAGGAGGUGUUUGACCUGAUUUUCCAGGAAACAGUGGACUGUUUCACGAGCUCGAUAGUUGAGCGCAGCCCGAUCGAGGCCGUCGUCCAGGCCGUUGCUGUGUGUUUGGAGGUGCCGACGUCGCGGGCAACGGUGCAUCUGAACAAGCACGUGCCGUCGUUCGAGGAAUUCCCCGACUCUGUGUCUGUGGGAAGGGCACACCUGCGCAAAAAGACGGCUCUUGGGCUGAAGCCGGCGCGCAAGAGCACAGCGUUUGCCCGGACGAACCAUUGUCUGCGGCUGAUGGAGAAGAUCGGCGUUGGUGUCGCGCUGUGCGAGCCGCUGCUGCUUGUUGGAGAAACAGGAACGGGAAAGACGACGAUUGUCCAGGAGAUGGCGCGGCUGCUCAACAAGAAACUCACCGUGAUCAACGUGUCGCAGCAGACCGAGGUGGGCGACCUGCUUGGCGGGUUCAAGCCGGUGACGACCAAGAGUCUGGCGAUCCCGCUACAGGAGGACUUCGAGGAGCUGUUCCGGCGGUCGUUUUCCGUGAAGAAGAACGAGCAAUUCCUGAAACUGCUGGCCAAGAUGUUCAACAGAGCGCAGUGGAAGGGCGUUGUGCGGCUGUGGCGCGAGGCGUUCAAGAUGGCCGAAACGCUGUUUGCAAAGCAGGACGACGAGCUUGCGAAAAAACGCAAGCUCAACGACACCGACAAGGCGGCGCUGAUGGCCGAGUGGCGGGCGUUGUAUGAACGGGUGCGCGAGUUCGAGAAACAGGCCAGCUCCGCCGACAAGUCGCUUGUGUUCAAGUUUGUCGAGGGCUCGCUGGUGCACGCCGUGCGCAGCGGCGACUGGGUGCUGUUGGACGAGAUGAACCUGGCAGCACCAGAAACGCUUGACAGCGUCGCAGAGCUGCUGAACGAGGAGACCGCGCAGCGAAACUUGCUGCUGUCAGAGAAGGGAGACGUCGAGAGCGUCAAGGCGCACCCCGAUUUCCGCAUUUUCGGCUGCAUGAACCCUGCUACCGACGUGGGCAAGAAAGACUUGCCCGAAGGCAUACGGUCGCGGUUCACCGAGAUCUACGUGCACUCGCCCGACCAGGACAUUGCAGACCUGCUCAUGAUCAUCGACAGCUACAUCGGCCGCUACGCGCUGGCCGACGAGUGGGUCGGCAACGACGUCGCGGAGCUGUACCUUGCGGCAAAGCGGCUCGCCGACACGAACGAGAUUGUCGACGGCAGCAACCAGAAGCCGCACUUCAGCGUGCGCACGCUCACGCGCACUCUGCAGUACGUGCGGGACAUUGUGGCCAUCUACGGUCUCAGACGGUCGCUGUACGAGGGUUUUUGUAUGGCGUUUUUGACGCUGCUGGACGCCGAGUCGGAGGCCAAGCUGCGGCCGCUGAUUGAGAAACACACGAUCCAGCGGUUGAAAAACGCCCGGUCCGUGCUGGCACAGGUUCCAGCAGACCCAUCCAGCGACACGCAGCGUUACGUGCAGUUCAAGCACUACUGGAUGCGCCGUGGGCCACACGAGCCAGAGCAGCAGCCGCACUACAUCAUGACGCCGUUUGUGGAAAAGAAUCUGAUGAACCUUGUGCGCGCGUCCAGCGGCCGGUUCCCUGUGCUGAUCCAGGGUCCGACCUCGGCGGGCAAGACCUCGAUGAUCAGUUAUCUAGCGAAAAUCACCGGGCACACGUUUGUGCGCAUCAACAACCACGAACACACCGACUUGCAGGAGUAUCUGGGAACAUACGUGUCGGACGACACGGGCAAGCUUGUUUUCCGCGAGGGGGUGCUGGUGGAUGCGUUGCGUAAGGGCCAUUGGAUCGUGCUGGACGAGCUCAACCUCGCGCCGACCGACGUGCUCGAGGCGCUCAACAGACUGCUCGACGACAACAGAGAGCUGUUCAUCCCGGAAACCCAGGAGGUGGUGCGGCCACACCCCGACUUUAUGCUCUUUGCCACGCAGAACCCGCCAGGGCUGUACGGGGGCAGAAAAGUGCUGUCCAAGGCGUUCCGCAACCGGUUUUUGGAGCUCCACUUUGACGACAUUCCGCAGGACGAGCUUGAGAUCAUCUUGCGCGAACGGUGCCAAAUUGCGCCCUCGUACGCGCGCAAAAUCGUCGAGGUGUACAAGGAGCUGUCUGUGCAGCGGCAGAGCACCCGGCUAUUCGAAAAGAAGAACUCCUUUGCCACGUUGCGCGACCUGUUCCGCUGGGCCUUGCGCGACGCCGUCGGCUAUGAGCAGCUCGCCGCCAACGGGUACAUGUUGCUAGCUGAACGUGUGCGACGGACAGAGGAAAAAGAGGUGGUCAAAACCGCGAUCGAGAAGGUGAUGCGUGUCAAGCUCGACGUGGACGGAUACUACGCCCAGCUCGAGCAGCAGGAACUUGCGCCGCUGUUGCAGCGGCCAGGACCGGUGGUCUGGACCAAGGCCAUGCGCCGGCUCGCCGUGUUGGUGGCCACGUCUAUCAAGUACAAGGAGCCGUUGUUGCUAGUGGGUGAGACCGGGUGCGGGAAAACAACGGUCUGCCAGCUGGUCGCUGAGUUCUACGGCAAAGAGCUGGUCGUUGUCAAUGCACACCAGAACACCGAGACCGGCGAUUUGCUUGGCUCGCAAAGACCCGUCAGAAAUAGACAGAAACUCAAGGAUAACCUCGAGGCGGGUCUACGCAGCGUGCUGGCCGCGCACGGCGCCACGUAUGACGGCCUAGAGCCCGCUAUGGACGUCUACAACGAUCUGCGGCGUCAGGGUGCGCUUUCUGACCAAGAAAUCACGACCGUGGAGCAGCUGCUGGCUGCGUCGCGCGUGCUUUUCGAGUGGUUCGACGGCCCGCUGGUCACGGCGAUGAAAAACGGCUGUUUCUUCCUGCUGGAUGAGAUCUCGCUGGCGGACGACUCUGUGCUCGAAAGAUUGAACUCUGUGCUGGAGCCUGAACGUAGCCUGCUGCUUGCCGAAAAGGGAAGCGAGGACGCCGCCGUGGUGGCCCACGAAAACUUCCAGUUCUUCGCCACGAUGAAUCCGGGCGGCGACUACGGCAAGAAAGAGCUGUCGCCAGCGCUGCGGAACAGAUUUACCGAAAUAUGGGUGCCGUCGAUGGAGAGUUUUGACGACGUGCGGCAGAUCGUCGAGUCGCAACUCGUGCCGGGAAAUAGCCACCUGGCAGACGCCGUGGUGCGCUUUUCGGAAUGGUACGGCCUGCGGCUGGGCAACGGCUCCGCCACGAGCGGCGUCAUCUCACUCAGAGACAUUCUGGCGUGGGUCACGUUCAUCAACUCGGCCACGGCCAACGGAACGGCGCCCUCUGCGGCCCUGCUGCACGGCGCAUGCAUGGUGUUUAUCGAUGGGCUGGGAACGAACAACACCGCGUUUCUCGCCGACAACGAGGAACGUCUACGCCAGACAAAACUCGAGUUUGUGCGGAAGCUCGCCGAAUUUAGCGGUUUGGACUUGCAACCGCUGUACACGGCACCAUGCGAGGUUCACGUGACCGAACACCACGUGACAUGCGGCGAGUUCCGUGUUUCGAGGGUCUCGGCCAAUCAGGACUCGAACUUCAACCUGGCUGCACCAACGACGGCGGCGAACGCAAUGCGUGUGGUGCGUGCGAUGCAGAUCCACAAGCCGAUCCUGCUCGAGGGCAGUCCCGGCGUGGGCAAGACCAGUCUUGUUUCCGCGCUGGCGGCGGCCGUCGGCAAAAGUCUUACGCGGAUCAAUCUUUCCGAACAGACAGACCUGAUCGAUCUGUUUGGAUCGGACUCGCCUGUUGACGACGGCGAGGCCGGCGAGUUUAGAUGGCGCGACGCGCCGUUUUUGCGUGCCAUGAAGCGUGGCGACUGGGUUUUGCUCGAUGAGAUGAACUUGGCGUCGCAGUCUGUCCUGGAAGGGUUGAACGCGUGUCUCGACCACCGUGGUGAGGCGUAUAUCCCUGAGUUGGACAGAAGUUUCCGCAGCCACCCAGAAUUUUUGGUGUUUGCUGCUCAAAACCCACAGCACCAAGGAGGAGGCAGAAAAGGUUUGCCGAAAUCGUUUGUGAACCGGUUCUCGGUGGUUUAUGUGGAUAUGCUGACGGAGGUGGAUCUGAAGAUGAUUGCGCGUCAUUUGUAUCCACAGCUGGAUCACAAGGUGAGUGACAAGCUGGUGGACUUUGUUUCGCUGCUGGAAAAAGAGGUGGUGCUCCACCGUAAAUGGGGAGCUGUUGGUGGGCCGUGGGAGUUUAAUUUGCGGGAUACGCUGCGGUGGCUCUCGCUUAUGAGCUCACCGAGCCUGCUAGAGUCGCCAACCCCCGGUGACUUUUUCGAGAUGGUGGUUCAGCACCGUUUCCGCACGGCUGCCGACAGAGCGCGCGCACAAGAGCUGUACGAGCAAGUGUUUGGUGCCAGAGCUUCAACUGCGCCGUACUAUCAGAUGACCCUAGAUCACGUGCAAUGCCAGGCCGAGCUUGUGCCGCGCAAUAGACUGAACCAGUAUCUCGCCGACGACAAGCUAAGCCCGCUGCAGUGCAAUUUCACGGCGCUGGAGACGCUGCUGCGGUGUGUCAAGAAACAGUGGCCGCUGAUCCUUGUCGGCCCCACGAACGCAGGCAAGACCGAGCUGAUCAGGUUUGCAGCCGGCGUCGUCGGCACGCGGCUGUACGAGUUCUCGAUGAACAACGACAUUGACAGCAUGGACAUUUUGGGUGGCUACGAGCAGGACGACCUGUCACGUGAGAUUGCCGAGUUUGCACAGGAUUUGCAGACGUAUUUGAUGGAGGCCGCGGCGUACAAUUUGCUGUCUAACACAGGCGACACGGCCGUUCUGCAGCACACGCUGCGGUUCAUCGACUACUUAGCUAUGAACGAGAUUUCUAAAGCACAGUUCGGCCAAUUGCAACAGCAUUUUGCCGUGCUACAGCAAUCCGUGGCAUCGGACAAGUUCCAGCUGUUGGAAGCUCGGUACAAGGUUCUAUGCGAAAAGCUCGGCCAGGGCGACAAGAUCAAGUUCCGUUGGUUUGACAGUCUGCUCGUGCAGGCCGUCGAAAAAGGUCACUGGCUUGUGCUGGACAACGCCAACCUGUGCAGUCCGAGCGUGUUGGACAGGCUGAACUCGCUGCUGGAAAUGGACGGCUCGCUGGUCAUUAAUGAGUGCACCGACGCCGACGGCAACCCGCGCCAUUUGCGCCCACAUCCUGGUUUCCGGCUAUUUUUGACUGCCGAUCCAAGAUACGGCGAACUUUCGCGUGCUAUGCGCAACAGGGGCAUUGAAAUCUACCUCGAACAGAUUGAGCAACGUGCCACACGCUUUGAUAGACGGCUACUGGCACGGGAGAGUGUCUCGGCUCACGUGAGCUCAUACGACGCUGCGGUGGCUCCGCUCGCCGUGCUGGCCGACGCGUUGAGCAUGUCGGGCGAGCAUCUUGCAGACGUUGCAGCGGCAGCGCUGCCAAUGUGGUCGCACGCAAAGAUUUCUGCGCUGGUUGCAAAUGCGGCGAAAUUGCCAAACUUUGGACACAUUCGCGCCGCUCUGGAGCAAAUUACUGGGCGACUCGAGUUUUACAGCUCGCUACAGCUUCCACCGCAGAUUUCAGAACUGUAUGAGGCCGCGCAGACAAACAAGCCAAUAAAAGUGGCCGUUGCCGCGCAGUCGCUCAACCCGGUGCUCAACGCCUAUAUUUUGAACGGUCUGGCCCAGCAACGGCCGCAGCUCGACUCGCCAGAAACGGUCUAUUUCUUCCACGUCGUGGGCAUGCUCUACAGUGCUCAGGAAUUCCUGAAAAAGCUGCACACGCGCGCCGAAAACGCCAAGGUUACAGAACUCACCUACCUUGAACGGUCAGCAGCACAAGCCGCUGGAAGAACGCUGAAAAAUGUGCCGCGACUCGACGUUUAUGGCCUUGUGCUCGGAAUUGCCGACUUUGUGCUAUCGGAGCUAAAGCAAGCGGACUGUCGGUGGACCAUUCCUGGCCAGUUCCGCUCGCUGUUCAAGCUGAUGUUUAUUUGGCAGAGCAUCGUGGACUGUUCGACCGUGCAGCACGAAACCAAGCUGCGUAUUUACCAGGAAAAAAUCCUGGCUUGGCUGGAUAAUUACACCGGCAACGGCGAGCCUCUGCGCGCUGUGGCACAGUCGUUCGCCAAGCAGCUGGAGCUCCGCCAAGGCCACUCGAUGGCGCUGAUCUGGGAAAAGUGCAAGGCUGUGUAUCCGGCGACGGCUGAAUCGUGGAAGAAAUACCACCUGGUCGUCGAGGCGGCGGCCGAGUUCGACCAGGUCUGUAUGGAGCAAUACUCGGAGAAUUUCGAGGUGGUUGCAAAUCUGAGACAGACGUUUGUCACGAUGCUUGAACAAAGUGUGGCAGGCGGUUCUGUGGAUUACUUGGACGAGAUCACGGAGAAAAUCGCCGCAUUAAAGCAAAUCUCGACCUCUUUCCUGAACACCAGAAAGCAUCACUAUUCCGCCUUAUUCGACCUGAUGCUCAACUUUGUCGACCUUGCAUGCUGCAGCGGCAACCAGCCGCUCGCCAUGAGCGCAGAAAACUUGAAACUUGCGCUCCUGGCCGCCAGACCAACGCUCUCGCUCACCAAGUGGAACCAGAGCACGUUCAAGCCGUAUCCGCGGAUCCUGGAUAACCUGUGGGCAGGAGACUCGCAGUCCAAGAUCUCGGGGCUUCUGGGCCAGCAGCUGGUCGAACAGCUUGUCGGCGCCGGCCAGAAUAUGAAACAACUCUCUGGAGCAGCCAUAGACGAGGCCCUGGCAGAUUCUAAGUUCUUACUGCAAACGGUUGUGAAAAAUAGCACGGCACUAAAUAGCCCGUUGGAAAACCUGCGGCUGCUCCUGGUGCACUGGGUCUUGCACAUCUGUGCGAUCCACACGGGCAACACGACGGAAUUUGCUCAACUGAAUAAUUCUGUUUCUGCCCAGUCCAUCGCCGGCUACCAGACUACGCUGCGCGACAUGCCGUUCUUUGCCGACGUGUUUGCGCACUUUUUUGCGCCCGUGCUGCUUGCCCACGCCACACGCAAAGACCUCGGCCGCGCCUGGGUCCUCUUUGCCUGCGGCAUGCUCCAGCUGUUUGUGCCAAGCCAGGCCAACGACCCGGCAGUUGCUGAUCACGUGAUCAACGACGACUAUGUGCGGUUGCAACGGCUUGUGACUGAUAUUCGCAACUCGUGGGCGGCAUAUUGCGGCGUGGCGUUUGGCGAUAGGGCUGUGCACGUUGAGACUCUGCUGCCGAUCGUCGACGAAGCUGCCCCUGCGGCGCCAAAGGUGUAUCGGUCGGGCGAGCCGAUCGAGGCACUAUUCCAGGAAUGGACGAUCUUUUUGGACUCUGCGGUGAGAAACAGGACUGUGGGGUCGCUGAUGGAGGCAGCCGAGGCCACCAUGGCAAAGAGCACACUUGAGGUGCAGAACCUGCACCGCAACUCAACACAGUUUUUCCUGCGCCUCAGACAGAACUUCAGCGAGUUUGCCGACCUCAACGACGUGCUAGCGGGCUUUGUGUACGCUUUGCGGCUGGGUCUUGAUCUUCUUGGUGAGAGAAAGCCGUGCGACUCAAAACUCUGGCCCGUUGACCCGUCUGUGCUAGGCAAUGCCGAUAAACUCGCACAGACGCUGGGGCAGACCAACAAGCUUGUGAAAUCGCAGUCGAUCGACGCGGUCGACGCAGAGAAGCUGAUUGUGUUUGAGGUCAAGGCACUGCAUUUCCAGCGCCAGUAUGCAGCCAACACAGAUGAGCUGCUGCACGCGGCGCUGAUGACGGCGUAUUACCGCUGGAGCAUGCGGCGACUCAAACUCGAAGAGCAAGAGUCGAAACAGCACGGCGUGUUCCAGUACGACGACGCCAGCGUCGAUGCUGAAAAAGAGUUUGCGCAACUAUUCCCUGACGCGGAGAUUGAGGUCGCGGGUGGCGCGCAAAAGACGGGCUGGGACGAACUGUACGCGGAGCUUUCGAAUGCCUUUUGCAGCUACCACUUAGACUGCCCUCUCGGACUGCAACAGCUGGUGCUGGAAGGCGCGACUGUCGUGGACAGUGUCGGGCAACUAGUUGCCCGAGAGAGCUGUGCGGUCAACACGCCUUCGCUGCUUGCCAGCUCCAUCCUACAGGUAGCCUGUGCCAUGGACACGUUCGCCACGAACGAAAACCGCACGCUCGACUUCUACCGCGACUUCAGCCCGCACGAAACUCGCCGCUCGGGCCAGCUCGUGCUCGCCCUGCAAGGUCACGUGAGCGAGCUACUUCAGCAGUGGCCCGAGCAUGCAACCUUGCAGCAGCUGUUCCGCAUCUGCGAGGAGUAUCUGGCGUACCGGGCAGACACGCCGCUGUUCCGGCUGCUGGCGAAAAUUGAGCAGAUCUACACGUUUGUGAACGAGUGGGAGAAAUAUGCGCACUCGGGUGUGUCGUUGCAGCGGCACUUCCAGAAUCUGGCCGAUCUGGUUGUGUCGUGGAGACGGCUGGAGCUGAGUUCGUGGAAGGAGAUUCUAGCGAACGAGGAGCGCGCCAUCGAGACCAGUAUGGGCAAGUGGUGGUUCCACUUGUUUGAGAGCGUUGUCGUGCCGGAAAAUCAGGACGUGGCGCAGCUGGUGAGUGCCGUGAACGUGUUUAUUUCGCGGGCCACGCGCGGUGACAUGAGGCACCGAUUCAGGCUGGUGCAGGCAUUUGCGGAGCAUGUUAAGGCUCAGCAGGAGCUAUAUGACGCAUUGUACAACGUGCUAGACUUUUUCCAGCCGUUCCUGGUUGCCGUUGAGGAAACAGUGACUGCGGAAAAGAAGGUGCUAGAGAAACAGGUCAAGGAAGUUAUUUUGCUAGCCAGCUGGAAGGAUAUCAAUGUCGAUGCUCUAAAACAGAGCUCGCGCAAGUCGCACCAAAGCCUGUACAAACUCGUGCGCCGGUACCGGGACGUUUUGAACGGCACGGUGGAUGAUAUGAUACAGAGUGGACUGAAAGCACCAGUGAGUCAAUUUUUGCCAAAGAAUAUUGGUACCUGCCCUGUUGAGCUUGGAGACAUGCCGACUACGGACAUUGCAAUGUUCAGAAACAUCCGCACUGUCCACCGCAACAUGGAAACCUAUCUGGGCGAACUCGCAGCGGAGCCUGUUGCUCCGUUCUAUGAGUUCUGCCACGAAAUUGUCCAAGCAGCAGAAAAGCUGCGUACAGAAACGCCAAAAACGCUAACUGACGAGAACAAAAAGCAAGUGGCGGCUCUCAAACAGGAGAAACGCAAGCUGCUGAGCGACACUUUGAAGGAGCUGCGUCGCAGCGGGCUCAAGCUGCAGACCAACACAAAAACUCAGGCCCUGUUAGCGUCGACGACGGCGGUGCUGGCCAAUGCGCGUACGUUCCGCCACACAGCCCUCGAGGGCUGCGAUGUGUACUUUUUCCGUGUGCUGGAGCUGCUGCCGCGCUUGCGCGCGGCCGUUGCUAACUGCCACGCGGAGGUGCCCGUGACGGACGCGCAGAAGGCGCUAGCUGCUGCUGAGAACGUGCUAGUGUCGCUAGUCGCGACGCGACACAAGAUCGGAGAUGUGUGUGCUGCACGGGAUGCCGUGGAGAAAGCACUGAGGACCUUGCGCCCUGCCACGACAGACAAGAUUGUCGGUGUUGAUCCACACGCCACGCACGUCGUUGCCAUGGUGAACAAGUUGCCCGAGGUGGUUGCCAUGGCAACCAAAGUUUCUGAGGUGGCUGCAGGGCUCGAAGCGGGCCCUGUGCUGAAAGUUGAGGACCUGCAACUGGUACUCGAGAACCGGCUGCUCACACAGAGCGACUGGGACAGACUGAACGCUGCGCGGCGCGGACUCGACUCCCUGCGCACACAGCUAGGCGCGUGGAAACAGUCUCAUCCAGCACUCGCUUUUGUCGCAGACACCGUGCUGGACUGGCUCGACGCGUCGGUCUCGCUCGAGCAGCUGUCGCUGGUCGAACACGACGCCAACGUCUCCGCGGCCGGCAGCGAGCUGUUUGGCUCUGUUCUAGUCAGUAUCCAAAAGAUCCGGCAGUUGCAAGCUGAGGGACUCGACGAGGACGCAGACAACUGGUUUGUGGACAGCCAGCGUCGAUUGGCAAAGCUGAUGGGCCUAUUGUAUGGCGAUGUGCUGAAAGAGCGGGUUGGCAACUUUGUGCGGUUAUUGGAGCAGUUGCACUACGACGACGACGUUGACGGUUCUGUGCGUGGGCUGCUGUGCUACGUGGUGCCCGUUUUGGAGCACUACUUCAACGCGGCAAGUAUUGUGCUCCGCAAAGCGCAGGCAAACUACGUGGGGGUCUCACGUGGUCUUUUUGAGUUGUGCACGCUAUUAUUGAGCGUUGCCACCGACGGGUUCUGUUCGCCGGAAGGAGCCAGCGACGAGGAAACUGGGCCUGCGGAGAGCGGCACUGGGCUGGGCGACGGCGACGGCGCGACGAACCACUCGAAGGAUGUGGAGGAGGAUGAGAAUCUGGACGAUCUUGUUGGGGGAAAGCAGGAGCGAGAUGAGAAAGACGAAGAAGCCGAUAACGACGAUGCCGUCGACGUGGAGGGCGACAUGCAGGGCGACCUGGAAGAAAUGGACGCUCAGGACGGCGACGAAGACGACGGUGAGAACGAUGAGGAGUCUGCCGACGAGGAGGUUGGCGACGUGGACGAUCUGGACCCCAACGCUGUAGACGAGAAGAUGUGGGAUGAGGAGGCGUCUGGCGAGAAAGAGAAAGAGAAGGACGACCUGAAGGGCCAGACGGGCGAGGAUAUGGAAGCCGUGGACGAGGAGAAGGAAGGAGACGGCGACGGGGAGCAGGAAAAGGCCGAGGAGGCUAGCGACGGCGAGGAAGAGGACGUUGGCGAGCAGGAGGACGAGGUGCGCGACGGCGACGACGCAGAGAUGGAGGCCGAGCAGGGCGAGGCCCUGGAGCUGCCGGAGGACCUGAAUCUGGAUGGUGAGGAGGAAAGCGAGGGAGAAGAAGCGGAUGACAUGGAAAUUGAUGAGGUAGAGGAAAACGAGGGUGCAGAGGAGGGAGAAGAGAAAGAAAAGGAGGAGGAAAAAGAGGAGGGAGAAGAGGGAGAAGAGGAGGAGAAAGAGGAGGAGGCUGAUGGUGAAGAGGAAGCUGGAGGUGAGGGCGAAUUGGCUGAGGAGGACGCAGAAGACGAGGACGCAGAAGACGAAGGAGAAAAAGGUGAGGAAGGAGAAAUAGGUGAAGAAGGAGAAAAAGGUGAAGAAGGUGAGGAAGAGUCUGAGGAGCUCAAGACGGAGCCCGCUCCAGAGGCAGACGCAGCCGACGCAGCCGAGGGCGGUGCGGACAGUGCACCGGACGCCGUGCGGGACGCAGACUCGGCAGCGGCAGCAGACGACGGCGCGCAGGCCGAGGGCGCCAGUGCAACCGCAGAGACAGAGCAGGACAACGUGGGCGCGAGCGGCGCGGCACAGGCGCAGGACGCGCAGGAGCAGACCGACCGGUCGCGCGAGUCGGCCGCCAGCACGCUCAAGCAGCUCGGAGACUCGCUCAAGGAGUUCUACAGACGGCACCAGGAGAUAUUGGAGGCCGACGUGGACGCGGCGGAGCAGACGGGCGAAAACCCGGACGAGUUCCAGCACCUUGACGGGGAGAACGCGCAGAGCGACACCCAGGCCGUUGGGGCUGCGGCGCAGGACCAGGCGAUGAAGAUGGACGACGAGAUGGAGAUCGAGGAGCCGGAACAGGCGCCGGAACAGGAACAGGAGCAGGAGCAGGGAGCCGCCGACGGCGGUGACGCGGGCGACGUUGAAGGCGUCGAAGGCGUCGCUGACGCUGCGCAGACCGAUCGCACUCCAGACAUCAAGCAGGAGCGCGUGCCCGGUUUGCAGGCAGACGACGAGAUGGACGAGGACGUGGAGGAGGAGGACGCGCCGAUCGACGCUAUCACACCUCGCACCACGGCGACGCGUCCGCUGGAGGAGGCCAGUAUGCUGUGGCAGCGGGCGGACGAGGCCACACGGGAGUUUACGGCGGGGCUGUGCGAGCAGCUGAGGCUGAUUCUCGAGCCUACGGUGGCCACAAAGCUCAAGGGCGACUACAAGACGGGCAAGCGGCUCAAUAUGAAGAAAAUCAUCCCGUACAUUGCGUCGCAGUUCCGUAAGGACAAGAUCUGGAUGCGCAGAACCAAGCCUAGCAAGCGGCAGUACCAGAUCAUGAUUGCCGUCGACGACUCCAAGUCGAUGGCCGAGUCUAAAGCCGUCGAGAUCGCGUUCCAGUCGAUCGCGCUCGUUUCCAAGGCGUUGACCCAGCUUGAGUCCGGCCAGCUUUCGGUCGUCAAGUUUGGUGAGUCUACUGACGUGGUGCAUCCGUUCGAUGCCCAGUUCACCGCCGAUUCAGGCACAAAAGUGUUCCAGCAAUUUACAUUCGAGCAGACGCGCACCGACGUGCGCAGGCUCGUGGCUACGUCGCUGGAGCUGUUUGCUGCUACCAAACCGGCUUCGGAGAAUCUGUGGCAGCUGGAGAUUGUUCUUUCGGACGGAGUGUGCGAGGACCACGACACAAUCCGGCGACUGGUGCGGCGCGCGCGCGAAAACCACAUUAUGCUGGUUUUCGUGGUCAUUGACGGCAUAGCCAACACUGAGAGUAUAUUGCAGAUGAGCCAGGCAAAAUACGUUCCCGACGCGUCGGGCGAGCUCAAACUGCAGGUUGACAAGUACCUGGACACAUUCCCAUUCGAAUACUACGUGGUGGUGAGUGAAAUCGAGGAGCUGCCGGAGAUGCUGGCCUCUAUUCUGCGCCAGUUCUUUGCCGAGACAGGAGAAAGAUAG